AGUUGGUUAGGCUGCCUUCGCUUCUCAAGGUAAGGAAGUGGAGGAUUAAAUGAUUUGCCCAAAGUCUCACAGUAAUUUGUAGAGCUGAGAUUGAAAUUCAGGUGAAACUUCACAUAUCACAUUCUUUUUAUCAGAUGGCAGUUUCUGGAUUUACUCUUGGUACCUGCAUACUUCUGUUGCACAUUAGUUAUGUGACUAAUUAUCCCAAUGGAAAAGUAACACAGUCAUGCCAUGGAAUGAUUCCUGAACAUGGUCAUAGUCCACAGUCUGUUCCUGUUCAUGACAUUUAUGUGAGUCAGAUGACAUUCAGGCCAGGAGAUCAGAUUGAAGUUACUUUGUCAGGGCAUCCAUUUAAAGGCUUUCUCCUAGAAGCACGUAAUGCUGAGGAUCUGAAUGGCCCUCCUAUUGGCUCCUUCACAUUGAUUGACAGUGAAGUGUCACAACUUUUGACCUGUGAAGAUAUACAGGGAUCAGCAGUGAGUCACAGAAGUGCAUCUAAAAAAACAGAAAUUAAAGUCUACUGGAAUGCUCCAAGCAGUGCUCCAAAUCAUAUACAGUUUCUAGUCACAGUUGUUGAGAAGUACAAAAUCUACUGGGUGAAGAUUCCUGGUCCUAUAAUUUCACAACCAAAUGCAUUUCCUUUUACAACACCUAAAGCUACAAUAGUACCUUUGCCAACGUUGCCUCCAGUUUCCCACUUAACCAAACCAUUCAGUGCCUCAGACUGUGGGAACAAGAAGUUCUGUAUUAGGAGUCCUUUGAACUGUGACCCAGAGAAGGAGGCUUCCUGUGUCUUCUUGUCCUUCACAAGAGAUGACCAAUCGGUGGUGGUUGAAAUGAGUGGCCCCAGUAAAGGCUAUUUAUCCUUUGCAUUGUCUCAUGACCAAUGGAUGGGUGACGAUGAUGCUUAUCUAUGUAUUCAUGAAGAUCAGACUGUGUACAUCCAGCCUUCCCAUUUAAUGGGGCGAAGUCACCCUGUAAUGGAUUCCAGGGAUACCCUUGAGGAUAUGGCUUGGAGGUUGGCGGAUGGUGUUAUGCAGUGUUCUUUCAGAAGAAACAUUACCCUUCCUGGAGUUAAGAAUAGAUUUGAUCUAAACACAAGCUAUUACAUAUUUCUAGCAGAUGGUGCAGCUAAUGACGGUCGAAUUUACAAGCACUCUCAGCAACCUUUGAUUACCUAUGAAAAAUAUGAUGUGACAGACUCUCCAAAGAACAUAGGAGGAUCCCAUUCUGUACUCCUUCUGAAGGUUCAUGGUGCCUUAAUGUUUGUGGCAUGGAUGACUACUGUUAGCAUAGGUGUACUGGUUGCCCGGUUCUUCAAACCAGUUUGGUCAAAAGCCUUCUUCCUUGGUGAAGCAGCUUGGUUUCAGGUGCAUCGGAUGCUCAUGUUCAUCACAACUGUCCUCACCUGCAUUGCUUUUGUUAUGCCGUUUAUAUACAGGGGAGGCUGGAGUAGGCAUGCAGGUUACCACCCAUACCUCGGCUGUAUAGUGAUGACUUUGGCAGUUCUUCAGCCUCUUCUGGCAGUCUUCAGGCCACCUUUACAUGACCCAAGAAGGCAAAUGUUUAACUGGACUCAUUGGAGUAUGGGAACAGCUGCUAGAAUAAUAGCAGUGGCAGCUAUGUUCCUGGGAAUGGAUUUACCAGGACUGAAUCUUCCUGAUUCAUGGAAAACCUAUGCAAUGAUUGGAUUUGUAGCCUGGCAUGUUGGGACUGAGAUUGUUCUGGAGGUACAUGCUUAUCGGCUCUCUCGCAAAGUUGAAAUAUUGGAUGAUGACAGAAUUCAGAUCCUUCAGUCAUUUACUGCAGUGGAAACAGAGGGUCAUGCUUUUAAAAAGGCAGUGUUGGCAGUUUAUGUCUGUGGGAAUGUUACUUUUCUCAUCAUAUUUUUAUCUGCAAUCAACCAUCUAUGAGCAAGCAAAGACCUUGGCUUUUGCAGGCCAAGUGAUAAUUAUCAUCAAACCAAAGAAACUUGAAGCGUGUCCUGACUGCCUGGAGCAUAUUUGUGAAUUCUCACUUGGAAGACUGGGGUCAUGUCUGUAGAGGAAUUCUGAAGUCCAGCCUUUAGAGACCAACAUUCAAGAGGGUCAUAUAGACUAUAAAUUAAUGUCAUGCCCUAUAUGUAAUUCUGGGUCUUAAAGGCAAGAUUGUACUUCAGGAGAAGUAACUCUCAAAUAUUUCAUGCCGAGAUUUUAAGAAUGUUGGUAUUUAAGAAAAUAAAUAAUGAUUUGGAAAAACACAACAGAUGUCACUAGGAUAAAAAAGAGAUAUAUUAUGGUAUAUAUAUAUAUAUAUAUAUAUAUAUUUUUUUUUUUUUUGAGACAGAGUCUUGCUCUGUUGCCCAGGCUGGAGUGCAGUGGUGCGAUCUCGGCUCACUGCAAGCUCUGCCUCCUGGGUUCACGGCAUUCUCCUGCCUCAGCCUCCUGAGUAGCUGGGACUACAGGCGCCCGCCACCAUGCCCGGCUAAUUUUUAAAAUAUUUUUAGUAGAGACGGGGUUUCACCAUUCACAGGAUGGUCUCGAUCUCCUGACCUUGUGAUCCGCCCGCCUCAGCCUCCAAAAGUGCUGGGAUUACAGGCACGAGCCACUGCACCCAGCCUACGGUAAAUAUAUUUUGAACUACAAAGGUGCUGUGGUACUUUAAAGAAAAACUAUUUUUACUAGUUUAUCUGAAUGAUCUGUGGACUUUAUUUAGAAACUUUUUCAGUUUAGUUUUUUGGACAUAUCCUUUGCUCAGUGUAUUUCGUUACUUCUCCUAGUAAAGGUAGAAGUGAGGCAGAUGCCAUUGUAGGUUUUACCAGCAUUUAAAUAUAUUAUGAAUUGCUUAGCAAUGAAAUGCAAGUAUGCAUCUUUUACUUAAAGAUACUAUUUAUGUAUUCAGCUACAGAGAUGAAAUAGCAUUUUACGUGUUAAUUGUUUUGGCUAUAAAAUUUCAGUCCUUAUAGCAUUUGGGGAUUAUACACUUGGAUUUCAAAAUUGAUAAAACUCACACUUGUGAACACAUCUAAUAGAUAUUCUGUUUACUUGUAGAAAUAAUAUAAUGUGUCUGGUUCUGUUUUGUUAGACGUUUUUUAUGCUGUAUUGAAUCACAAUAGUGUUAUCUUCCUUAUUUCAAGAAUUCAUCUAUUUUAUGGCUACAUCUCAUAUGUGCUGUGAGGACUUCUAUCCAGUGGGUGGCGCUGUAAUACCGAAGAACUGUACUGCUUUGUUCCUGUUUCCUUGUGCUGAUUUCUUUCUAGUAUUUAGGUAACAUUAUGGGAUGGCAUUUCCCUUAAAUUCCGCCAACUCUUAAUCUUUGUUUUAAAAAUGUCUACUUUUUUUUGGGUGGUUGGGGUAAUGGGUUAAAACCUUAAAUUAGUAACCACUGUUUAUUUUCCAGUUUGUUUUCUGUGAUUAUUUAUAAUAAUUGUUUGAUAUUUGUUUUUACAGUCUCCUGACCCUGUAAUAAUGAAUGCAGCUAUCUUAGGCAAAGCAAAUAAAUAAACUGGGCAUUUUUAAA